AUGUGCUGUUCGACACGGGCAGUUACAGACAUUGUGGAGAGCAAUCACCUAGCCGCACCUUCAUGCCAGAAGUAUGUCAACGUAUGCUUUGCAAAUUGCCACAAUCUUACCGCAGAUUGGCCCUGCAAAGCCAAGCUGUUUGCACCGGCACAUACAAAAUGCGAAAAGUGUCUCUCAGGCUUCAGCCAACGCGCUGUUCCGUGGUGUUUCGUUGCACCUUUCUGUUAUAGGUGUGUCUUGAAGGCUUGUCCUUUGCCAGCAUCAUUGGGACCCAUCAUGUCGAAUCGAAGAUAUUUGCACGAGGCCAUGACUGCCGAAGACGUGAGUAAACUCUUCGAUUCUCUGUGCGACACGGUGGUCUCAGCCUUAGCGAAGCGCGAUGCCGAAAUCGAACACUCAGCCGCCAGUUCGUUCGACCCGCUGCAACUGAUACUAGAUUUUCAAAGUCUCCAGAAGGAGGUGCGUGAGUUGAAAGAAGACACUCCUGAGAGUCACGCGACUCGCGAGUCCCCAGUUGCUCAGUCAGAGGCACCACCUAAGUUCAAGCAGCUGGAGAAGCAGCCGCAGCCGAACUGCAGCUCGAGAAGCCUGGCGCGAGCAGCUCUCCAGGCGGUGUACGGCAUGGUGGCACAGUGCGCAGCAACGGAAGCACAGAGGCCGUGCCCGCAUCGCGGUGGAAACAGCAGCGUCGCAGAGCAGAGGCACAGCCCAUGCCGUACAACAAGAUGGAAGCGCACGAGAUCCGGCGGUACGGAUAUCCGGCAAGGACCACACCACGCAAGACGAGACAACGCAGGUUUCAUCAGGGAAGGUGAGUGCUUCACCGUCGUCGAGGAACGCGUCGCAGGGACAGAUGGCUUGUUUCUGCGGCUUGAGGGCGAGAAGGGCUGGGUCUUUUCAGCAGGCAGAUCAGGCAUUUUCUGCCAACGAAUGGGCACCGAAGCUGCUGAAGGUGAUGGAUGGGCAAAAGACGCCUGGACAUGGAGGGGGUCCACAGAACAAGGCUCAGGGUCUCAGCGGACAUGGGCGAGAGAGGAGCAGAAAUGGAGUGGGUGGAAUUGGAACAGUUAUCCGAGCGGCUCCGGAGGCUGGGUUCUGGGUUGCCUUGCGAAAAUGUGCCACGACACUGCUACUGCUAUGUUUUUCCGGGUGCUACCACAUAUUUCCAGCCCUGCGACCCUUCAGGAGAAAGAGAACUACUGUGCCAAGUCUGGAAGGCAUCGGUCGUGGAGACUGCGUCUCCUCAGAACGACUCGAUAUGACUCGAGCUUCAAGCUGACCAACGUGCCCAACACGGAUUCAUUUCAGUGA